GAGAGGAGUCCUCAAUGAGCCUGGCCGAGGCCCGGGAUCUGUGUGAAGUGGACUAAGGAUUUAGUAGGAUGUCAACUGAGACAGAACUUCAAGUAGCUGUGAAAACCAGCACCAAGAAAGACUCCAGAAAGAAAGGUCAGGAUCGCAGUGAAGCCACUUUGAUAAAGAGGUUUAAAGGUGAAGGGGUCCGGUACAAGGCCAAACUGAUCGGUAUUGAUGAGGUUUCCGCAGCUCGGGGAGACAAGUUAUGCCAAGACUCCAUGAUGAAACUCAAGGGCGUUGUUGCUGGCGCUCGUUCCAAAGGAGAACACAAACAGAAAAUCUUUUUAACCAUCUCCUUUGGAGGAAUCAAAAUCUUUGAUGAGAAGACAGGGGCCCUUCAGCAACAUCAUGCUGUUCACGAAAUUUCCUACAUCGCCAAGGACAUCACAGAUCACCGGGCCUUCGGAUACGUUUGUGGAAAGGAAGGGAAUCACAGAUUUGUGGCCAUAAAAACAGCCCAGGCGGCUGAACCCGUUAUUCUGGACUUGAGAGAUCUCUUUCAACUUAUUUAUGAAUUGAAGCAAAGAGAAGAAUUGGAAAAAAAGGCACAAAAGGAUAAGCAAUGCGAACAAGCUGUGUAUCAGGUUCCCACCAGCCAAAAGAAGGAAGGUGUUUAUGAUGUGCCAAAAAGUCAACCUGUAAGUAACGGCUGUGCGUUUGAAGAUUUUGAAGAACGGUUUGCAGUGGCGACCCCUAACAGAAAGCUGCCGAUGGACUUUGAUGAGAUUUUGGGGGCAACAAAGGCUGUGACCCAGUUAGAACUUUUUGGGGACAUGUCCACCCCUCCUGAUAUAACCUCUCCCCCCACUCCUGCAACUCCAGGUGAUGCCUUUAUCCCGUCUUCAUCUCAGACACUUCCGGCGAGUGCAGACAUGUUUGGUUCUGUACCUUUCGGCACUGCUGCUGUACCCUCAGGUUAUGUUGCAAUGGGCGCCGUCCUCCCAUCCUUCUGGGGCCAGCAGCCCCUUGUCCAACAGCAGAUCGCCAUGGGUGCUCAGCCACCAGUCGCUCAGGUGAUGCCAGGGGCUCAGCCCAUCGCAUGGGGCCAGCCGGGUCUCUUCCCUGCCACUCAGCAGCCCUGGCCCACCGUGGCCGGGCAGUUUCCGCCAGCCGCCUUCAUGCCCACACAAACUGUUAUGCCUUUGCCAGCUGCCAUGUUCCAAGGUCCCCUCACCCCCCUUGCAACCGUCCCAGCCACGGGUGACUCCGCCAGGUCAAGUCCACAGACCGACAAGCCCAGGCAGAAAAUGGGGAAAGAAAUGUUUAAGGAUUUCCAGAUGGCCCAGCCUCCACCCGUGCCCUCCCGCAAACCCGACCAGCCCUCCCUCACCUGCACCUCAGAGGCCUUCUCCAGUUACUUCAACAAAGUCGGGGUGGCACAGGAUACAGACGACUGUGAUGACUUUGACAUCUCCCAGUUGAAUUUGACGCCUGUGACUUCUACUACACCAUCGACCAACUCACCUCCAACCCCAGCCCCUAGACAGAGCUCUCCAUCCAAAUCAUCUGCAUCCCACGCCAGUGAUCCGACCACCGAUGACAUCUUUGAAGAGGGCUUUGAAAGUCCCAGCAAAAGUGAAGAGCAAGAAGCUGUACACCGUAUGGAGCUCAUUUCAUAGAAGAAAGUGACAGCCCAGUGGACUUGUCAUCAUUCACUGAAUGUGGUUGAAAAUGUAACUGGCUCUGAACUUAAAGAAGAUGGCCCCUGUGAUGCAUUAAAGUGAGCGGAAUAAAGUCAAGAUUUUAAACUGCCAUCCAUGUUAUCGUUGGCAGAAUUCUGCUGUUUGAUAAGCACUGUUUGGGGAACUCAGAACCACCGUAUCCUAUCCCAGGAAUACAGUGAAAUUUCCAAAUAAGAGCUGAGGUGCCAAUACCAAAAGGCCAUGGGGGAGUCUGCACAGUUCCAGUUAGAUUGGUAGAAAAUCCACAUGUACAACUGUUAAUUCCUCAUUCUUCACUAGCACGAAAUUUGUCACUUUAAAUUUUGAAACCAGGGAAACACCACCUGUCAUUCUGUCCCCGUUCCCCCUAGCUCUCCGAUCUUUACAUGCCGCAAGACUUUUUUGAUAAUUCGUACUCAUCCCAGUGUCUACUGAAACCCCAUCAUGUAAUG